AUGAGUUCCAAAGAAAAUUUAACUGAGCAUCAAUGUAGAUAUGUUAAAAAAGAGAAUUAUGUCACUGCUUUAAAUUCAGAAGGGUAUCUUGGGACUCCAACCUACAAAGAUAAAUUCACUCAACUUCCAAAGAAAACAAAUUACUUGCAAAAUGCUCAAGAACCUGCUGAAUCUUCAAGCAAUAACAGUCAACCCAUCAUAACAUCAGUCAUCACUCAAGUCUUUUAUGUGCCUCUUGAGGAGAAACAGUAUGUGGAUCAGUUUGGUGAAUAUGGACAAGCAAAAUUCUGUCUAGACAUCAUGAAAAGGACUGGUGCCAACCUAGAAUUAACUUUUGUCAAAGACCAAGGCCUCUACUUUACAGUUUUUGGUAAGGAAGAAACUGUUUUUAAAGCUCAGAAGGAGAUUUUUGCAUGUUUUCAGAAACAAGUUUUAACUGUAGUUUAUAUUCCCAAGGAAUAUCGUGGCUUAAUUAUAGGCAAACCUGUACAAGGCUUGGAACAAAAAACUGCAACCAAUAUCCAGAUCUUAUGCCCAGAUAACCACAAUAACUGGAUCAAUAUUGUUGGCACCAAAGUGGUCAUGAAGAAGGCUCCACAUGAAGUCUUACUUACACCUGCUGAACAAGACAAGUGUGCUAUAGAGAGGUUAGAUGUGGAAAAGGCAUUAUCAUUCUUUUAA